AUGCAUCGAUCCUGCAUUCUCGCCUUGAUCUCCGCCAUAGGAGCUGCCGCCUCUUCUCUUGCCGCUGACAGCGCUCCCCCCGAACCUGUCCAGAAUGCCAACCAUAUCUUCAACGCCAUCCACUCCUCCAUGAGACAAUGGGGCUCGGCACUCAACCACAACGGCAUGUCUUUCUUCCUGGCAGAAAUGUCAGAGGGAACCAAACUCUACCACGGUGACGGCCAUCCAGAGCACAUUACCGGAGUCCGAUGGCUGGCCUUCGACCCCGAGCACGCAUUUGCCUUCGCACGGUCGGGGCCGAAACGAUCCGAGACACCUCCAAAACUGUCAUCUGACUCUCAGCAAGUGAUGGGCGGGGAUCAAAAUGGAUCAGCCGGGGAAGACAACGGUGGAUGGCUCCACACCUACACCACGGCCAAGAAUCUUCGCCUCAUUUAUAUCGAUGGGAUGUCAGCCGGAAAGUCCAAGAUCGGGACUCUCGACCUGCAGGACCGGGUGUUAUUUGAAGAUGAGAUCAAUGGUGGCGUAUUGCAGGAGAAUGCGCGUGCAGAGGCCGUGUGUCGGAUUGCGAGGGAGGAGUGGAACGAUCGGGUGGAUGGAGUUAUUCGGCUGGCUUCAGGGUUCGAGGUGAUUCUCUGCAACUCGGAACAGAACCUGGAGCCCGUUCAUGUGGCGAGAGUGAGGUCUUCGAACCCGAGAGCAGGGGGCAAUGAAAAGAAAGGAGGGAAACCGACCGAGGUGCUCCAAGUGAUGAGGGCCAGGUACAAUGGCAUUGGCGGCGAACGGGUGGUCUUGAACUAUGAUCAUUUCGUAACGGCUUACAACUAUUCUCUGAAUCUGUUUCCAGACGACAGCACUGCCCCACGACUCAAUCACCUACCAUUUGCAGAGUUAGAACCCAUCCGCGAGAGCCUCACAUCCCUCGUGAUGGCGCCUGAUGUCAGACACAGACAGGUGAACUGGCAAGCGAUCACUGAUAUGAUUGUUCAGAAGUACAGCCACCCGCUGCGUGAGCUGGCAUCAAGACACCACUAUCAUCACGGCUUGUUCUCUCUAAAUGCAGAAGCUGCGCGCAUAUGGAAUACAUUCGUUGAUCAGGAUAACAGGGAUAUUGGCGAAGAAAUGGAGAGAUGCGCAACUCAGUUCAUCCCCACUGAUGCUGCUAAUGACUCGCUUGCUUAUCGUGCCGUUUAUACUGUCAGCAGUCGAAUCUGCGCUUCGUUUGUCGAAGUCCUGGAGACGAAAGAAUAUGAUGCCGCGGUCGACACUCUGCGAUCUACGAUGGACUAUUUGAGCUGGACAGUAUGGAAGGAGUGCCGCGGCUGUCAUGAUGACGAGUUCUGCCAGAUCCCAAUCUGGCCUCAGGGAUCGUGGGACGACUUUGAACAUCCGCGUUGUCAGAAGUUUGAGUCAGCCUACCAAGGCCCCAAUGAUUUCUGGGGACCUGUAUGGAGAUGA